CCCACUGCGACUCCCACGCGACUAAUUAGUUGGGCCAGCAAUUCGUCACCAUCGCUCAUCACUCAUCGUUCACUCAUCACUUUCCCUCUCUUCAUCAACAUCCUUCGUCCUUCAUCAUUGCUCCAGGUUGGCGUCGGAGCCGUCGAUUGUGCUACUACUACAUCCUAUCUCCUUGUCCACCACCUUGCCAUCGUUUUAAGUUCUGACCAGCCAGCCACAUGCACACGGCCUGUGCCAGUGCCAUUAGUCGCGUUACACUCUUUUACGGCAAGCCUUUCACGGAUCUGCUGCCCAAUCGAGCGGGGCUGCUGACUUGAUUGCUGGCUACUGACUCUUUACACACUUGGCCGACUGUACAUGAAACUUCGCUCGCCAUCCGAUGCUUCUGUCCUUCUUCCGGAUCCACCUUACACCAUCCGAUGCAACGCCUGGACAGCCUUGCAGUGCCAAUCUCUGUUACCUUUGCCUAAUCCGGCUAUAUCGUUAUGACUCGUCCGAAGGUUCCUCCCGAGCAACGACAGCGCACCGCUCAAGCCUGCGAGUCUUGUAAGAGAAGAAAGCAAAAAUGCAACGGUCUACAGCCAUGUAAUACUUGUGGAAAGCGGAAUUUCUCUUGUAUCUACAGUGAAAGAGAUCCCGAGUCACCCAACAGUACUGCUCCGCCCAUCAAAAAACCUAAACUUGGACAGCCACAGUCUUCACCCACGCGUAGCAAUGCUACAAUCGGCCAAUCCCCAGCGCAGAGGUCUGAUGGCUACAAAUCGCCACCGGCGACACUACCAAAGCCCAUUAGUCGACUUCCUCUUGCCCCUGUCGCUAAGAGACAGACCAGCUUCGAGCUGUCAGUUCGAAAUGGCGGCUCAGAGCUGUUGGAGACAUCUCUGAAACAGUCAAGCCAGUUUCCGGCUGAUAUGCCCAAUGCCAGGAACAUGUCUUUCGCUACGACUCAAAGUGCUCCUGAUGAGGAGGCAAUUGUGUACUCGCAGACGAGAAUGCUGCAAGAUCCGACUGGCCGCUUAUUGUAUGUUGGCGACUCUGCAACAUUGUCUUUCCUUCAGCUCGUGAGAAUGAUGGUCGAGAACAUCACUGGCCCGACUCCAUUCACUACAGAUCCUCGAAGACACAGGAUACAAGAGAGCCAGUUCACCCUUUCACCCAACACCCGCCAGACGCAGCUCUUGCCAGAUAGCAGGACUGCUCUGGUUCUGGUAGACUCAUUCUUCACCAAUACGCAUGGCAUGCUCCAAAUAUUUGACCGAAAGUCAUUUCGUGCAUCCAUGGAAGCAUGCUACUCUGAUCCACUCAACGCUCAACCAUCGUGGCUAUGCCUGCUGAAUCUUGUCUUCGCAAUCGGCCUGACCUUGGCUACACCUCGUCCCAGUACUCCCGAGCAAGCUAUCAUUGAGAAGCUGCGUCGCGAGCCCCAAGACAGAGGAGAACUGUUCUUCCUCAACGCUAAGAACUUCUGUGAUCCCGUGAGCGGCUUUGAGGACGCCGACUUUUGGUCCGUUCAGGCGCUGCUUUUGAUCGCAUACUAUAUGUUGGCAAAGGCAAAGCGAAAUGCAAGUUUUGCAUAUCUAGGCAUGGCUGUGAGGUCUGCAUAUGCGCUUGGACUUCACAAGGAAGAGACUACUUCCAUCUUCUCGGCUCAGGAGCAAGCUGCACGACGGAAUACAUGGCGCUCGUUAUAUAUUCUUGACCGCUUCAUAUCUUGUCAUCUUGGCCGGCCGGUCGCUAUCUCGGAAGAUGAAUGCAGCGGUAAUUGCCUACGCCCCGGUCAGGGGGAACCAGCGGCCAACGGUAAUAGAAAACCAUCCAUAUCGGACGGAGAUGGGUUUGAUAGAGUCGCUGGCUCUGCCCAGGAAGCAGCGGUACGCAGCUGCUCUGUCAUAGGGUCCAUCCUCAAGCGUGUUUAUCAGCAGCGCAAAAUCAACACCUCACUUGCCACUGAAUUCGCAGAGAUCCUGAAGCAAUGGCCUGUCGCUCUCUCGCCAAAUCUACAGUGGCGUCAAGCACAGCAAGCUUCUCCAGCUACUGGCAUGGCAAUCUUGCAUGUCAACAUUCUUUACUGCCACUCGAUCAUCCUCCUAACACGACCAUUCUUUUUAUUCAUCCUAAAUCGCGAGACAAGAACAGCGCCAGGGCCUUCCUCCGGGCCAGACGAAUCUCGAAAGAAUACCAAGAUGGAGAAGUUUGCCGAGUCUUGCUUGAUUGCUUCCGUGCACACAGUUGUACUGAUACACAACGCUUUCAAAGCUGGCUAUCUGCCUCAACGAGAUCCCUUUGUCGUCUAUUUCCUUCUGGCCGCAAGUCUUGUCAUUCUGUCAAACGAUUUUGUCGAGCUAUAUGCCAACAAGUCCGCAGACGAGUGCAUCCAACAAGCCAUCGCUAUCAUGGCAUACUGUGGUGAAGCCGACCCUCACGCAAAUAGAUUGAUCUUCAUCAUCACUUCAUUUCGCGACGAAGUAGUCAAGCAGCGCCAAAAGCGCGUGCAGAAGGCCAUGCAGAAGCCUAAUUUCAGUCACAUACAGCCUCAAGCGGUACAAAAUGCAGCUAACGGACAGCACAAGAAGUCAGACUCUCAACAACUUUCGCCUCAUACAUCGAUCAACCAGACUACAGAAAUACCUGGGCAGCCAAUGCAACGUCCUACAGAAGCCAACACGGACUGGAACAACACCCAUUAUAAGUUUGCCAUGCCCGCUCCGCCACAGCCUCCCCCCAACGCUCUCGAACCGAACAUCACCACACAUGCCUUUGUGAAUACCACCUUCAACAAGCCAUCUCCACUGUCGCCAGUCACAUUCUCCCCACCCUCAAAUGUCUCAGCUUUGAACGCAUCCCCAGUCAGUCAUGCGAUGCUCACGGCAGUAUCCGCAGGCCUUCCCGGCCCGCUCGAUACGCACACGUCGCUAUCAAGUUUCCUCGACAUCUCUGCGCUCGACAACACGGUCAUCCCAUACCUAACCAGCGAAGACGGAUCUUGCAUCGAAGAGAACCUCGACUUUGACACAUUAUGGACGUGGCCUGGUGCAAAUGGCACCGGUGGCGAAACGUGGAAAAGCGAUGUGCAGGGCGUGAGCGAUAGUAAUGUGCCGCUGUUUGGUCUGGUCGAUACGUAGCUUUCUGUAAUAUGUGAGGGAAUAUAAGAUUUUUCUAAUGUCAGUUGGGCGGUGAGUCUAAUGGAUUUUGGUUGCGGCGUUUUCCAUACCCCGUUUUUUUGAAAGACGAUUAUAACAUUCUAUGUACUACCAAUUCUUCCGGUUUUUUUUUGUGUGGCGGCGUUGGAUAGGUACGAGGGAAAUGGUUCGCUAAAACGGUCUGGACAGACUUAGAUGUACUAUCAUAUAACCUCUUUCUAUACUGAGUAAAUAGUGUUGGGAAAAGUUUUAUACACCUAUGAUAGAUAGACAGUAUAUACAUAUAUAUUUCAAG